GAACGAUUUAAAUAAUCCAACUUCAACUACUCUAAUAUCAUUUCAAUUUACCUCUUGCAUUCAUUUCCCAACUAUCGACGUCGCCGAAUUGAAGACAUCGGUGUUGCGUCCUUGUCUUGAGUUCAGAUGACAGAGGUUAAGUUAUUUAACCGAUGGUCUUUUGAAGACGUCGAGGUGAAUGACAUGUCACUUCACGACUACAUCGCAGUAAAACAAAAGUAUGCAGUUUACUUACCUCACACUGCCGGAAGAUAUGCAGUGAAGCGUUUUCGCAAAGCUCAGUGCCCAAUCGUUGAACGUCUAGUCAACUCCCUUAUGAUGCAUGGAAGAAAUAACGGGAAAAAAUUGAUGGCUGUCAGGAUCGUUAAGCAGGCUUUUGAAAUCAUUCACCUGUUAACGGAUGCCAACCCCGUGCAGGUUUUUGUACAAGCUGUCAUGAAUGCAGGUCCACGAGAAGAUUCUACAAGGAUUGGUUCGGCCGGUACAGUUCGUAGGCAAGCAGUUGACGUUUCUCCCUUGCGGAGAGUAAACGUUGCCUUAUACUUGAUCACGACCGGUGCCAGGGAAGCAUCUUUCCGUUCUAUGAAAACAAUUUCGGAGUGCCUUGCAGACGAAAUAAUCAAUGCAUCGAAGGGCUCUUCCAAUUCAUAUGCCAUAAAGAAGAAAGAUGAAGUAGAGCGUGUGGCAAAGGCAAAUCGCUGAACACGUGGUGGAAGUUUUUAUAUU